AACUGUGUCACGUCUACGAGCAGGAUAACUGCGUUCCAGUCGUUGCCUUGACUCCUCGAGCUGAGUUGUUUGGAAGUUUUCGAAAAGAUUGAAGCCUAGUUCAACAUGCGUACCGAGUUUAGAGACGUCUCUGGUUGGAGGGCCGAUGGACUGCCCGUCACGACGUUCAGCGAUGAAGCAGCGAAAAUGCUCGACUCCUGCAUCACACAAUUAACCACCUGGAAGGAGGAUGAUCUGGGGAUCGAGAAAACACUGGAGAAGAUGUCCUCAGCCGAUCCGCAUUUCACGCUGGGAAGAGUUUUCACUCAUCAGAUUCAGCUGAUCGGCACCGGCACCUCGGGCAGGAAGAAUCCGCAGAUACUAAGUGAGCUCAAGGAGCUCAGAAAAUCGGUUGCGUUCAUCACGGACCGGGAGUCCUCGCAUUUGGAUGCGGCUAUCUGGCUCGCGGAGGGCCAGAUGUCGGCGGCAUGUCUGGUCCUGGAGGACAUCUUGAAGAAGUACCCGACGGAUAUGCUCGCGAUCAAAGUCGCUCACGAUUGUUAUUUUUAUCUGGGUAAUCAGAGUGAGAUGCUCGCGUCUAUCGAAAGGGUCUUGCCAAGGUGGUCCUCCCACUCCCCUCUCCAAAAUUAUCUCUACGGCAUGCAAGCGUUCGGACUUUGCGAGACCGGGCAAUACGAGGAGGCCGGCAAGAUCGCUCUCAAAGGCUUAGAGCUUGAUCGCACGGACGCCUGGAGCACACACGCGAACUCUCACGUCUACGAAAUGACGUCGAGGCCGGACGAGGGCAUAGCCUUCCUUUCGCGGACGGUGAAUGACUGGCAACCGGCGGGACUUCUGUCGUGCCACAACUUCUGGCACUGGGCCGUUUUUCACAUCGAAAAGGGCGAGUCCGAAGCAGCCCUGGAUUUGUUCGACUCGGAGAUCGGGGAGCGGUCCAAGAGCGGAGCUAUGCUCGACUACGUGGAUGCAGCCAGUCUCCUGUAUCGUCUGGAACUCGAAGGGGUCAAUGUCGACGACAAGUGGAAAAUACUGUUCGAAGAGACAGAAAAACAUUUGGAGGAUCAAAUACUUUUGUUCAACGACGCACAUUUCGCCAUGACCUUACUCGGUCUGAAGGAUCACGAUCGUUUCCGCAAAUUCCAGGAUUCCGUGAACUCUGUCGAAGAUGUCGCUGAAAUCGACAACUUUCGGAUUACGAAUCUUUUCGGCAAGAAGCUCAUCCAAGCAAUGAAGGACUACAGCACAGGGAAUUUUGAUGAAUGCACAACGUCCCUGCUGGAAAUAAAGCCGGACCUGGUCCAAAUGGGCGGCUCGGACGCACAGAGAGACGUUUUCGAUCUUCUGCUGAUCAAUGCGGCCAUCAAGAGCGAGAAUCAAAGAGAUCAAGCGAAGAAACUCCUCGAUCUGAGAUCUUGCGCGAGGCGUCAAUCUCCGAUGGUCGACAGACUGAAGGCUCGGCUUCAACGAAGAGAGCCGUCCCUGUUAUGAAGGAUUUCACCGACGACUCAGCUCCAGGGGCUGGAGACAUCGAAUGUUUAUCCGAGAUAUCACGUUUUUCUCACCAAGGCGACAGUAAGUGUAACAUACUCGACUAGUUUGUGAAGACGAAUCACUUGGCAGAACCUCGAAGAAUAAAUCAGGAACAGGACCUG